CUUUAGAACUUCAAAAACUUUGAAUAGCGGCGGAUGGCCAACUCUUGAACAGCUCUCGUCCCAGUGGCUUACCGAAAGACCCAACUCACGUCGAUUUCAACUCAGAAAGCUUCAAGAUGCAGCUCAAGGAUACUCAGCGUCUCGAGCUGCCAGCCGCGGGGGAUUUUCAUGUCCACCUCAGGCAGGGUGAAGUGAUGGAACUGGUCACACCUCACAUCCGCAAGGGCGGCGUAGACACUGUGUUCGUCAUGCCUAACCUGCAACCGCCCAUCACCACCGUUGCCCAGGCCGUCGAGUACCGGUCCAAGCUGCAGGCUAUUGAGCCCAACGUCAACUAUCUCAUGUCUCUCUACUUGCAUUCUUCCAUCACGCCCGAGGUCAUCGCCGAGGCUGCCAAGGCCGGCAUCGCAGGUGUUAAGCUCUAUCCCCAAGGCGUCACUACGAACAGUGAGAGUGGAGUCGCUGGGGACUUCAUUACUGCCUUCAACGAGACGUUUUCUGCGAUGCAGGAACACGACAUUGUUCUCAACCUGCACGGCGAGGUGCCCGGCGCGCCUCCAAGCAAGGACGUCACCCUCGAGGAGGCUUUCCUCCCCACGUUGAAGAAGCUGCAUGAGACGUUCCCCAGGCUCAGAAUCGUCCUCGAGCACUGCUCGACGGCUGCUGCCAUCUCUGCAGUCAAGUCUUGUGGACCGGAAGUCGCUGGCACCAUCACUGCGCACCACCUCUACUUGACCGGCGAUAUCAGCGAGGUCGACCCUCAUGCGUUCUGCAAGCCGAUUCCCAAGACUCCUCAGGACCGGGACGCCCUGCUCAAGACUGUCGCCAGCGGUGACCCCAAGUUUUUCUUCGGCAGCGACUCGGCCCCUCACCAACUAUCCACCAAGUCCGCCACGCCUCCGCCCGCAGGAGUCUUCACACAGCCCGUGGCAGUCCAGCUCGUCCUGCUGGCUCUCGAAGAGGCCACAGAGAAAGGGAUCGUCAGCGAGGCGGACAUCACCCAGGACAGGCUAGAGGCGUUCCUGAGCCGGUCGGGCAGGAAGUUCUACAAGCUUCCCGAGCAGUCGCCGGCGGCGGCCGCGGCGGGGAGCAAGAUCGUCCUCGAGAGGAAGCAGGGCGAGACGAUCCCGCAGAGCAUCAAGAGCGCGGACGGCAAGGCCGAGAUUGGCAUUUCAAAGGCCGGCGCGCAGGUCUUUGCCUUGAGCUGGGUCUGAGGGAGGAGGGGGGUCCGGCGGCGAGGGUUUUGAGGGAGGAGGAGUUUCUGUCCCAAUGAGCGGAAGAAGCGAAGGCAGGGGAUUUACAAUAAAAAGUCCUGUUGGGUUUCUUUUUGGGGGCCUGGUUUUGAGUUGAGCCGCGUGGCACCAACUAGAAUUUCUCCUUUGACUCAAUGAUCCGUAUGGACG